AUGAGGAUGACGUGCCAGGGGGCGCCAGCGCCCCCGCUUGAGGACGGCAACAUCCUCUCCAUGAUCCUCCUCCGCCUCCCACCGCUGCCGUCUUCCCUUCCCCGUGCCUCACUAGUCUGCAAGCCCUGGCGCCGCCUUAUCACUGAUCCCCGUUUCCACCGCCGCUUCCUGGCUCACCACAAGAAAGCUCCUCUCCUUGGGUUCUUCUUCAGCGAUUACGGUGGAAGAAUUGGAUUCAGGCCCGCCCAAGAUCCACCCAAUCGCAUCCCUGCUGAACGCUUAUCUAGCUUGCAGCUCGGUGUGGGUAUCACAAUCAUCCUGGGGUGCCACCACGGCCGCCUUCUUGUCCUCAACUUCAGGGAGCAACAUUUCGUGGUGUGGGACCCCAUCACUGGUGACCACCACCAUGUAGACAUUCCUCAAAUGCUCAAGGAGAAUAAGAUUUUAGGUCGGCAUGGUGUGGUUGUUUGUGCUUCCCGAGAGGAAAACCAUGUACAUGGCGCUUGCCACGCAGAGCCCUUCCAGGUGGUCUUAAUUGGCUGCAACAAGGAAGGUGUUUUUGCCUUUGUUUACUCAUCUGAGGCAGGCACAUGGGGCAAUCUCAUCUCACUACUAUUGCCGCCGCAGCCGGAUAUGGCAUUUCAUCUCAUUGUUCCAGUUGAUUGUCGAAGUUCUCUCGUUGGGAAUUCUGUUUACUGGGUGCCUGUGGGUAUGAUGGGUGCUGCCCUUGAGUUCAAUUUGCACAGCCAAACCAUAGCUAUUAUUGAUGCACCACCAAAUGCAUUCAACUUCAAUGCAUUCAUGGAACAGAGACUCCAGCCCUUUAUUGUACCAGCAGAUGGUGGUGGUAUCAGCUUCAUUGUUCUAGCAGGCUUCAGCGUCCAUGUAUGGAAGAGAGUAUCUAAUGGCGAUGGUGAUGCUGGAUGGGUGUUUAAGAAUACUGUUGAACUAAGCAGCCUUCUUUCACUGAAGCCAAGGGAUCAUAGGAUAAAUACACAGGAGCCCUUAAAGAUAUUAGGGCUCGAUGAAGAUGAUAAUGUGAUAUUUAGAUCGUCAAACACUGGAGUUAUUUACAUGGUUCAUCUUGAGACAUUGCAGUUCAAGGUACUGUCUGUAAACAUGAACGACAGCGAAGCAUAUCCGUUCUCAAGUUUCUAUACAGGAGGUAUGCACCCUGAAACUGGAAUGCAUGGAGAUGAAGAUGCGAACAAUGCAUAA